GUCUACUUCCGUAAAGAUUACAGCCUUACAAACCCUAUGGGGCUGUUCCACCCUGUCCUAUAGGGUCGUCGUGAGUCGGAAUUGACUCGACAGCAGUGGGUUUGGUUUUUUGGUUUUGGGGUUGUUUCUAGUCUUGAUACAGGUAAAGCUGCAGUACAUAACCUUGUACAUGUGCCAUUUUAUAUGCAGAGAAUUUAUGGUUUAAAUGGAUAAUUCUUAAAUCUCUUGUCAUCCUCUGUGUUGUCCAGAACAAUUUUAGUCUCAAUAGUUACCUUUCUUUUUUUUUUUAAGUAAAAAUUUGAAGCCAAGGCUAAAUAAUUUCCUUAAUAUUAGAGCGGGUCAAUCCUGCAUUAGUAUAAUUUGGAUACCUUUUUAUUCUUGAGUUUUCCCAGUGCCGUGACUUUAUUUCAUUUUAGCCAGACCUUAAAAGCAGUGGCCUUCUGUGACUUCCUACUCAUCUGAGAUCAACAACAAAAACAUCUUGGUGUCAGGGCUUGCUCUUUGCUGUUGCUAUUUUUAGUUUCUCACUAUAUUCUUAGAAGUAGAAAACGAGAAGGAAGAUUCAUUUGUAGAUGCAAAUUUAAAAAUAACUGACAUUAACAGAUUGAAAUUUGAAUUUAUUCUUUUUUUAAUUACUAAAAAUAAACAUGUUUGUUUUAACAAAAAUUAAAUGCUCUGGGAUUGCCUGUCUCUGUUAUUCCCCACUACUUUUCCAGUCAUCAGACUGAGACAGUGUUAGCAGUUGGGUGUUUAGCCUUCCAAACAUUUAAUGUGUACAUUUUUUUAAUAUACUUUAAAAAAGUUGAACACAAAAUCCUACCUUACAUAGUGUAUUCACUUACUCUGUAUUAAGGAAUAUAUAUGGCUUAAAGUAUUAUCCUAAAAUGAUAAGUUUUAAAACACAGUAUAUGUUUCAAAAAAUGUAUUGCCCCCUUGAAACACCAAAUGGUUUCAUUCUAAGAGAUUUUCAAUAUAUAGCUAUACGUACUCUGAAUAUUUGAUGAUCAAAUUGAAUUGCUUAUUAUAUGGCAAAUUUGUGUGACCCUCUAAAUAUUUGCAUUUAUCGAAGACUCUGACUUCCUGAUUCAUGUUUCAGAGUUUUUGAAAACUAAAUAAUGAUUUUAAGGGAAAGGAGAAAAUGCAGAUGCUUUUUUCUUCUUAUUUUUAUAGUACACAGUACUCAAACCAGUUGCCGUAGAGUUGAUUCUGACUUGUUACAAAACCGUGUAUCAGAGUACAAUGGCACCCCAUACGGUCUCUUCAAUGGCUUGUGACCUUUCUAGUGCUGUAAAUUUUUUGGGCUUUGAAAAUUUUAAAUUCAGUUUGUUAUAUAAGUUCUACAUGGAAACAUUCUCAUUGAAAACCCAAUCAGUGACAAUAAAAUAAUAUGCUAACUUGGCUUUUAUUCCUGUUUUGAGAAGCAGGCAGUGCAGACAAUUUUGAUGCAGAUCUUACCAGGCCGUUUUCUUUGUUUUUACCUAUAAAUAAAUAAAUACAAAUGGAAACAGACAUAAAGAAAUAAAAUUUUGGUUUUGUAUGAGUAUUUGUAACAUAAAUGUGUUAAUAUAUGUUUUACUUCUCUAAAACUUUUUCACUAAACGAUAUAUCCUGGAGAUCUUUUCUUGUCAAUAAAUUUAGAUUUACUUUAUUUUUCGGACUGUUUUUUCAAAAUGUUUCAUAGUAUUUCUUGGUAUUAGAUCACCUUCUCACUAUUGGCACACAUACUUGUUUCAUUUUUUUCAUUAUUAUGAACAAUGCCUCAAUGAAAAUGAAAGCUCAGAGAAGUUAAAUAACCUGCUCAAGGCGUCACAGAGACAGUCUCAUGGGAGCAAGCUGGGUGGACCUGAGAGGAUGUGUUGAUGGACAUCCUUUCAUACCUGCUGCUGUUUGCAAUGUUGGAGUAUUUCUCUGUGUUAGAUGUUCAGGGAUUAAAGGGUCCUGAUGAAGAAGCUGUUGUGGAUCUUGGUAAAACCAGCUCAACUGUGAAUACCAAGUUUGAAAAAGAAGAACUAGAAAGUCACCGAGCUGUAUAUAUUGUGUAUUAUACAUUUUUCAGGUGGCUGAAGUUUGAAGAGGAUGUUGAAGAUGGAGGUGACCGGUGGAGUAAACCUUAUGUGGCAACUCUGUCUUUGCACAGUCUGUUUGAACUAAGGAGUUGCAUCCUAAAUGGAACAGUCAUGCUGGAUAUGAGAGCAAGCACUCUAGAUGAAAUAGCAGAUAUGGUCUUGGACAACAUGAUAGCCUCUGGCCAGUUAGAUGAGUCCAUAAGAGAGAAUGUCAGAGAAGCUCUUCUGAAGAGGCAUCAUCAUCAGAAUGAAAAAAGGUUCACCAAUCGGAUUCCCCUUGUUCGAUCGUUUGCAGAUAUAGGCAAGAAACAUUCUGACCCUCACUUACUUGAAAAGAAUGGGGAAGGCCUUUCAGCCUCCCGCCACUCUUUGCGAACAGGUCUGUCUGCCUCAAACCUUUCGUUGAGAGGAGAAUCGCCUUUAUCUCUUCUUCUCAGUCACCUUCUUCCUGCUUCAAGAGCUGGAACCCCUGCAGGCUCGAGGUCUACCACCCCAGUACCUACCCCUCCAAACAGUCCUCCUUCCAGCCCUAGCAUCAGCCGCCUGACCUCCAGAAGCUCCCAGCAGAGCCAGCUUCAGGCCCCAGAACUGCUGGUUUCGCCUGCCAGUGAUGCUAUUCCUACAGUAGUAAUUCAUCCGCCCGAGGAAGACUUAGAAGCGCUGAAAGGCCAGGAGCAGAAGAAUGAGGAAAAUUUUGACAUAUUUCCAGGUAUUUUGGCCUCUCCCCAGUCUGCACCUGGAAACUUGGACACUAGUAAAAGUGGAGAAAUUAAAGGUAAUGGAGCUGGAGGAAGCAGAGAAAAUAGUACUGUUGACUUCAGCAAGGUAAUUCUAUCAUUAACUCUACAUUUUCAUAGUCUUACUCAGAAUAACAUCACAAUGUUUCUGUUUCUGUUAUUGGGUCCAGCAGGCAAGGCACCACAGUACCAUGAAAUUGGAAGAUCAAUAGCCACUCUCAUGACUGAUGAGAUUUUUCAUGAUGUAGCUUAUAAAGCAAAAGACAGAAAUGACCUCUUAUCUGGAAUUGAUGAAUUUUUAGAUCAAGUAACUGUCCUACCUCCAGGAGAGUGGGAUCCUUCCAUACGCAUAGAGCCACCUAAAAGUGUUCCUUCUCAGGAAAAGAGAAAGAUUCCUGUAUUUCCCAAUGGAUCUGCCCCCACCUCGGGUGACCCUCCUAAAGAGGCAGCUCAUCACGCCGGGCCCGAGCUGCAGAGGACUGGACGGCUUUUUGGUGGUUUGAUACUUGACAUCAAAAGGAAAGCACCUUUUUUCUUGAGUGACUUCAAGGAUGCAUUAAGCCUGCAGUGCCUGGCCUCGAUUCUUUUCCUAUACUGUGCCUGUAUGUCUCCUGUAAUCACUUUUGGAGGGCUGCUUGGAGAAGCUACAGAAGGCAGAAUAAGUGCAAUAGAGUCUCUUUUUGGAGCAUCAUUAACUGGGAUUGCCUAUUCGUUGUUUGCUGGGCAACCUCUUACAAUAUUGGGGAGCACAGGUCCAGUUCUAGUAUUUGAAAAAAUUUUAUUUAAAUUCUGCAGAGAUUACCACCUUUCUUAUCUGUCUUUGCGAACCAGUAUUGGUCUUUGGACUUCUUUCUUGUGCAUUGUUUUGGUUGCAACAGAUGCAAGCAGCCUUGUGUGUUACAUUACGCGAUUUACAGAGGAGGCUUUUGCAGCUCUCAUUUGCAUCAUAUUCAUCUAUGAGGCUUUGGAGAAGAUCUUUCACUUAGGAGAAAUAUAUGCAUUUAAUAUGCACAACAACCUAGAUGAACUGACCACCUACUCAUGUGUAUGUAUUGAACCUCCUAACCCUAGCAAUGAAACGCUAGAGCUGUGGAAGGAAAAGCACGUAACGGCUCGUAAUAUUUCCUGGGGAAAUCUCACCGUUUCUGAAUGUAAAACCUUUCAUGGUGUGUUUGUAGGAUCCGCUUGCAGUCAUCAUGGACCUUAUAUUCCAGAUGUGCUCUUUUGGUGUGUCAUCUUAUUUUUUACAACAUUUUUUCUGUCUUCAUUCCUCAAGCAAUUUAAGACCAAGCGUUAUUUUCCUACCAAGGUGCGAUCCACAAUCAGUGACUUUGCUGUAUUUCUUACAAUAGUGAUCAUGGUUGUAAUUGACUACCUUGUAGGAGUUCCGUCCCCUAAACUGCAUGUUCCUGAAAAGUUUGAGCCCACUUACCCAAAUAGAGGCUGGAUCAUAAGCCCAUUGGGAGAAAAUCCUUGGUGGACCUUACUGAUAGCUGCUAUUCCAGCUCUGCUUUGUACCAUUCUCAUCUUCAUGGAUCAGCAAAUUACAGCUGUAAUCAUAAACAGAAAGGAGCACAAAUUGAAGAAAGGAGCCGGCUAUCAUCUUGAUUUGCUCAUGGUUGGUGUUAUGCUGGGAGUUUGCUCUGUCAUGGGACUUCCAUGGUUUGUGGCUGCAACAGUGUUGUCAAUAAGUCAUGUCAACAGCUUAAAAGUUGAAUCUGAAUGUUCUGCUCCAGGGGAACAACCCAAGUUUUUGGGGAUUCGUGAACAACGGGUUACAGGGCUAAUUAUUUUUAUUCUAAUGGGCCUCUCUGUGUUCAUGACUUCAGUACUAAAGUUUAUUCCAAUGCCUGUUCUGUAUGGUGUUUUCCUUUAUAUGGGAGUUUCCUCAUUAAAAGGAAUCCAGUUUUUUGACCGCAUAAAAUUAUUUGGAAUGCCCGCGAAGCAUCAGCCUGAUCUGAUCUAUCUUCGCUACGUGCCGCUCUGGAAGGUCCAUAUUUUCACAGUCAUUCAGCUCACUUGUCUGGUUCUUCUGUGGGUGAUAAAAGCUUCAUCUGCUGCGGUCGUUUUUCCCAUGAUGGUUCUUGCACUGGUCUUUGUACGCAAGCUCAUGGACCUGUGUUUCACAAAGAGAGAGCUGAGCUGGCUUGAUGAUCUCAUGCCAGAAAGUAAGAAAAAGAAAGAAGAUGACAAAAAGAAAAAAGAGAAAGAGGAAGCUGAACGAAUGCUUCAGGCUGAAGACAGUGAUACCGUGCACCUUCCAUUUGAAGGGGGAAGUCUCUUGCAAAUUCCAGUUAAGGCCCUAAAAUAUAGUGUUGACCCCUCAGUUGUUAACAUAUCAGAUGAAAUGGCCAAAACUGCGCAGUGGAAGGCCCUUUCCGUGAGCACUGAGAAUGCCAGAGUAACCCGAGCUAACACCAGCCCUGAAAAACCUGAGAGUGUGAAAAUAAACUUUGAAGAUGAACCAACAAAGAGAUACAUGGAUGCCGAAACUUCAUUAUAGAAUCGAACCAAGAGAAAUUAUAUAUAUAUAUAUGUAUAUGUAUACUGUGUGUGUGUCACGUCACUGUACAUAACUAUACUGUAUGGCACGCUGUUCAUGCGUGACUGCUGGGUUUUUUGAAGUAGUGUCUAAAGUUCAUGAGCACCAUGGAGACUCUGUGUGUCGUGAAAAUGGUCUCUUAAAAAUGAGGUACAUGAUUCUUACUAUUCAAAUAUUUAUUCUGUUAGAAUUUUUCUUUUUCUGUUCUGCAAUAGAAAGAUGUGGGGAAAUGCAUUCGACCUACUUUUCCUUCCAUCUGUCUGUUCACCAGUGGCAAUUCAUAUCAACCUUUAGUGACACGUACUUUAUCCACAUAUUUAUAAUUUUUUUACUCGAGUUUUAACUUGUUUCUGAAGAUUUUCAUGUAUUCCAUCACUUCGGUUAAUGCUUUAUGGGAAGAAGUCUGUAUGCCGGUGCUGUGGGACAAAUGGUAACGUGCCGCGGCUUUCGUGUGUGUGUGGUUCGUUUAUGUAGGUGUCUGCCAUGUUUCACAAGCAGUGGGACUUUUUUGGCCAUAGACGGGAAUGUAGAACAAUGGCAAAAUUUCAAGAUGAGAACUAUAGAUUUGACCGUUAGGUUUUAAAAAUAUUUUUUUAAAAACCCCUGAAAACCUGCAUAUCUAGGGUUUCAUUUUAAGAGAUAAGUAACAUUGCAAGUGACUUUACAAUUUAACCCCCAUACCAGUCAUAACUUUAUGAAUUUUUGAAGCUAUAAGAUGCCAAUUUGCUGUAGUUAAAUUUUAAAUGUAGCUGCCUGUGUAGAAUUUUUCCUGAAUUCUUUAUUAGAUCCUAGGAUGCCCACACUGUUCUCCUCUCUGCCUUUCCUGUCUUUUACUUAAAAUGGUUCAGUUUGUAUCAGGCUCAAGUUCUUGAUUAUUUUUCUGUUAUAAGUAGUAUGAUGAAAUAAUCAGGAGUCAGAAUUCUCUCAAAUGGGUUUAUGAUCAGUAUUAACUCUUUGCUACUAAGAAUUACCCUGAAUUUUCUGUUUACGGUGUUAUUCUUUCUGUUGUAUAGAAUAUGUUUAAUAGUUCCUUACCCGUGAUUUCAUUUUAAAAUACUUUAUUUAUUUUAAUAUGAUGCUUAAAUACUAUAUAAACAUUUGAUAAGGUAACAAAUACAGAGUAAAUUGUUAAUGUGUAAAUAGAUGGUGCUCACUGCAUUUAUGAUUUAUGAUCUGAAAGGAGGUGAUAGAUUUUACAUCUUUGAUAUAAAGUACUGCCAUAUUUGUGUUUUCAAAGGAAAUUUGAUGUUUUAUGUACAGCUCAGAUUGAUGGCGUUCUUCCUGCUUUGUUCCGGUAUUUGCUGUCUUACUUCGAUUCUGCUUUUCUGAGCUGUCUUUUUAACUUUCAGCUCAUCUUUUUAGUCAUCUUUUAUAUACUCUUAGCUCCCCAUGAAAUGAAUAGAUGUUGUUCUUAAGCCUGUAGGACUGGAUGAAUGGAGUUGUGAAACUGAUUUGGCAAGAGACUAAUUUACAAACACCAAGUGAGUAUUGAGAAGCCACAGAAAUAUAAAAAACGGUGACAGGAAUAUUGGAGAAAAUUUUAAUGAAAUUCCCUUUAGCAUCUAUAAUUAAAGUACAAAAGUAUGACAGAUUGAUCCCACAGAGGAUCAUGAGGAAUGCCAAAAGCUGAUAUUUUCACAAUUCUGAAGUGUUUAAUUCAUUCUAAACUGCUUAUUAACUGACUUAAUUUCCCCAUCUGAGACCUGAUUUUCAGAUUCUAGUUAAAAUAAUGGAUUCAGCUUCUGCCUCACAUGAGAGGCUGGAAAUUUAGCUGCUUUUCUUUGGAAAAACAUAGCUGGCAUCACUGCCUGAAAAAGAGACUCUAUUGGCAAUUGAUGUAGAGUGUUACCCUCGCUGCUUGUUAUUGUUUAUGAGCCUCCAGUGAAGUGAUUCCUAUUUAUUCGUAGCAGCAUAGUCAUUUCCAGACACCCCAGUAUUUGCUGCUGUUUUUUAAAUUCCCCUGGUUGUACCUGAGCAAGAGAAUUCCUCACAUCAUUUCCUUGUGUCUGGACAUCAAAGGGUUAACAAACGUACUUAUUUUACAGGAAGUGAUUUUAAAAUUUAAACUGAAAACUACCUGGGAUCAUAGUGUUUCUGUGAUUUUAUUUAAUUAUGUAUAGUAAUUACCCAGUGUCAGAAAAACCAUGACUUGCAAAAUACUUUGCACUCAAAAUGUUUUUACAAGGUUUCUGAUUGUUAAUGGCUUCUACUUUCUUGUGACUACUUGACUUACUAUAUGAUCUGAUAUGACUACUUCAUUGAAGAGCAAAGGUAAUUCAUGGUUAAGUAAUUAACUGCUUGUUUUACAUAGUUAUGGUAUUUUUUCCACUAUUUUUGAAAAAUAACAAUCAUGGAUAGCAUUCAUUACAAGACAGUGAAGGAUAUAAUUUGGUUUUUAAAUAUUGCCUUAAAUAGGUGUAAGUGUGCAGUAGUAAUUGCUAUGUACUGAUUUACCUCAAGGUGCAAAAUAAUUAAACCUGUACAUAUUCCAUUUACAAAAUAAAAUCAAACAAACAGCCCUGCACUUUCUUAGAUGCCUUGGUUUCCAGGGAUGGAGCUUAGUGCUACUGAAUACCCUGGCCACAGAGCCACCUCAGGAUCGCCUUCUCUCCACCCUAUUUUAUUUAUUUAUAGACGUCUGUUUACAUAGACUAUAAUGAACCCUGAUGUUGACUAUCUGAAUUUUACUUUCUUCUCAGUGCUGUUUCACUCUAAAAUAGCAGCUUUGGAAAAAACAAUGAGCUAACUUCCUUGUGAUAAAAGGGUGAUUCUCUGUGUUCUUUAAUAAAUAGAUAUACAGAAGUGAAGCACAUAGUCUUUCUAAUGCGUGUGUGUGUGUGUGAGCGAUGUUCUCGAUCAGUUGUUUAAAAAAGUUGUGGCGUACCAGUGUUCUAUUUGCCAAGUCUUCAGUGAGACGUGUAGGACAGAAUUUUGUAUGUACUAAUGCAUGUAUUUAUAAAGCAGAUGUCUUUACCACUCAAAAUCAUUAACUUCUUUUCUCUCCAUCCAAAAAGAAAACAUUUCUUUUUCUUCCAUAUACUCAGAAUUUAUGUGUGUAGAUAAUAGCUUUCUGAUGUUUUUCCGCGCACAAGGCAGGCUCAAAAUCGUGUAAAAACAAAGAAUGGUUUCUGAAACUGAGCUGUAACAGCCGAGCUUGCUGUUUAAAGGAUUACGUCAUGUGCAUUGUUCUGGAAACGUGCUCAGCAGUGUGACAGGUGAAUCCUGUGUUAAAGUGCACAGGUUUUGGAUGUGUAAGCCAUUGACAGAACAAUGUAAUUCACAGAUGUUUAUAUUAAAUAACAGUGUUUUAAAUUUAUUUAUGUAGAUCUCAUCAUUGUUAUCUUAUGCAGUACCAGUGUGUGAAAUGUCUUCUAGUCUAGUCCAGCCAUUAUUUAUUUCUUAGAAAGUAAAUUUAAAGAUUUAACAGGACAUUCAAAGUUUGAAAUGGUGUUCAAAAUGCAAAAUGUGGCGAUUUUAAUGUAAACUCGUCUUCUUAUCUUUCAAAAAGUGAAAUAAAUGUCAAUUAUAGGAAAACAUAGUUGGAAAUGGAAUCAUCUAAUGAUUAUUUUUAAAUUAAAUUAGCGUUUAUUGACUUCUACAACUGGCUUAAAGUAAUUGUCUAAACCCCAAUUUGUUGUUGUUGUUGUUUUCAAUCAGAUUUAUUGAGAUUUGAUUGGUUUUUGUGUUGCGGCUUUUCUUUUGUUGCUUCCUUACUCAAGGUUAUUUGUUGUUGGUUUUUUGUUUUUUGUUUUUUUUUGCGGGGAUGGGGAAGAUGUGAUUUGUUUCCAGUGUUUACUGCAUUUAAAUAAACAGAUUGAAUUUUAUUGUUCCUUUAUAUAAUAUUUGAUAACUUGAGGUGUAAUUUCACAGUACAGUUCCAAUUUUUAUGACUUUUAUAUUUACAAUGGUAAUUUUUUUUGUAAUGAAAUCCAAAGUAAAUUAAACAUUUUAAAUGGAGAACUGAUAUUUUUCAUUUAUAUGAAGUACAAGUCUCUAACAAGUCUAUAAUGUGAAUGAUCCUGCCUUUCAAAUUUGUUUCAUGAUUGUUAGAAGAAAACUAUUUUUUGGAAACAUUACUGAAGUUCAAAAGAGCAAUAAAAGUCUACUGAAUUCGUUGUUUGUCAUUUCGUUUCCUUUGUAUUUGGACUGUUGGGAGACCUGUAGAUCUUUCUCAGCUUGAGGAGUUGCAAGGGAUAAAGGAAGAAGAGUCAUUCCUAUUUCCUGCCUCCUAUGAGUCGGAAUCAACUCGAUGGCAGUGGGUUAAUAUUCAUGCGGAGCCCUGGUGGCGUAGUGGUUAAGAGCUCAGCUGCUAAUCAAAAGGUCGACAGUUCAAAUCCACCAACUGCUUCUUGGAAACCCUAUGGGGCAGUUCUACUCUGGCCUGUAGGGCUGGAAUCAACUCAGUGGCAGCAGGUAAUACUCACGUGUUAGUUGAAAGAAGACAGAAAAGAAGAAACAGUAUGGAAAGAAGAUGAAACAAAAUAGAGUGUGUUUCACAAUGACUUUGAUAGUUGAGAAAUACGAAAUUUUAUAAAAAUCGUCUGGUCCUUUCUUCCCCUAUCUUAGGAUGCAUCUGUUCAGGAAUUUUGCUAUGUCAUGUUUAAUGGAUUGUGUGCUAAUAAUGACCUCUGACAGACUCAAGCCUUGUUUCGCUCUUGUUUUUAAUGGCUAAUUUUAUUAUGAAUGUUUUAUAGCGAGGGACAGAUCUUGGUUUGUUUUCCAUUUGGCGUGUACAUAACACCUUCCUCCUGUGUCUUCUGCUCUGAAACGACUUUGGUAUCUCACCAUGAAUUCAGUAACCUUUGGGAGUGUGAUGAAGAGAAAAACUUAGGUUUUUGGAAAAUUCAUUAGAAAGUUUUAUUUAUAUUUACUUGAGAGAAAAAAACCUUAAGUCAAUUUAUAAGCCCCAUCUACAGAACUUUGAGGCAUUUUUUUUUUAGGAGAGGGCAAAAGGAAAAAUUCAGUUUCUCAUUCCUUUCUGUUCUUGCCCACCAAGUAAUUGUUUAAACCCCGAUUUGUUUGAUUUUUUUAAAAAUCAGAUUUAUUGAGACUUGGUUGGCUUUUGUGUUGUUACUUUUCUUUUGUUGCUUCGUUAUUCAAAGUUGUUGUUGUUUUUUUUCCCAGAUGAGGUUGAGGAGGGAAGAUAUGAAUUGUUUCCAGUGUUCACUAUGUUUAAAUAAGUAGAUUGAAUUUUAUUGUUCCUUUACAUAAUUUCGGUAACUUGAGGUGUAAUUUCACAGUACGGUUUGAGUUUUUUAUAGCUGAUCUUUUGAGUGUCUAGUCCUUUCCGUGGAUGACCUUUACAAGAUUCCUCUGUCUAUGCUUUUAAUGAAUACAUUCCUCUUGUUUGGCAGAUCUUCCUUUCUGCUUCUCUGCUGUUCUUUCAGAGCUCGAUUUAAGUUCUACUUUUACUUCAAAUUGUACUCUGCCUUCUGCUUCCUGUCUACAGGAUCAGUGCCAUUCCUCCACUUGGGGUGUGUGUGUGUGUGUGUGUAUUUAAGUACCCUUUUUUUAGUCCUAGAUCAGUUGUUAACUGGGACCUUUUAGAAAUUUGAUCCUGUUAAGUUGAUCCUGCAUAUUUCUUUUUUUUUUUUUUUU